AUGAAGAAGGAAGAGGAAGGGGAAGAAGAAGGAAGAAGAAGAAAGAAAAGGGAAGAAGAGGAAAGAAGAAGAAGGAAGAGGAGAAGGAAGAAGAAGAAGGGGAAGAAAAAGAAGAAGAGGAAGAAGGGGAAGAAGGGGAAGAAGAGGAAAAAGGGGAAGAAGAGGAAGAAGAGGAAGAAGGGGAAGAAGAGGAAGAAGAGGAAGAAGGGGAAGAAGAGGAAGAAGGUGAAGAACAGGAAGAACAGGAAGAAGGGGAAGAAGAGGAAGAAGGGGACGAAGAGGAAAAAGGGGAAGAAGAGGAAGAAGAGGAAGAAGGGGAAGAAGAGGAAGAAGGGGAAGAACAGGAAGAAGAGGAAGAAGGGGAAGAAGAGGAAGAAGGGGAAGAAGGGGAAGAAGAGGAAGAAGAAGGAUGAAGAAGGAAGAGGAAGGAAGAAGAAAGAAAAGGGAAGAAGAGGAAAGACGAAGAAGGAAGAGGAGGAGGAAGAAGAAGAAGGGGAAGAAGGAGAAGAAGAGGAAGAAGGGGAAGAAGAGGAAAAGGGGAAGAAGAGGAAGAGGAAGAAGAGGAAGAAGGGGAAGAAGAGGAAAAAGGGGAAGAAGAGGAAGAAGAGCAAGAAGAGGAAAAAGGGGAAGAAGAGGAAGAAGAGGAAGAAGGGGAAGAAGAGGAAGAAAGGGAAGAAGAGGAAAAAGGGAAAGAAGAGGAAGAACAGGAAGAAGAGGAAGAAGGGGAAGAAGAGGAAGAAGAGGAAGAAGGGGAAGAAGAGGAAGAAGGAGAAGAACAGGAAGAUGAGGAAGAAGAGGAAGAAGGGGAAGAAGGGAAAGAAGAGGAAGAAGGGGAAGAAGAGGAAGAAGGAUGAAGAAGGAAGAGGAAGGAAGAAGAAAGAAAAGGGAAGAAGAGGAAAGACGAAGAAGGAAGAGGAGGAGGAAGAAGAAGAAGGGGAAGAAGGAGAAGAAGAGGAAGAAGGGGAAGAAGAGGAAAAGGGGAAGAAGAGGAAGAGGAAGAAGAGGAAGAAGGGGAAGAAGAGGAAAAAGGGGAAGAAGAGGAAGAAGAGCAAGAAGAGGAAAAAGGGGAAGAAGAGGAAGAAGAGGAAGAAGGGGAAGAAGAGGAAGAAAGGGAAGAAGAGGAAAAAGGGAAAGAAGAGGAAGAACAGGAAGAAGAGGAAGAAGGGGGAGAAGAGGAAGAAGAGGAAGAAGGGGAAGAAGAGGAAGAAGGAGAAGAACAGGAAGAUGAGGAAGAAGAGGAAGAAGGGGAAGAAGGGAAAGAAGAGGAAGAAGGGGAAGAAGAGGAAGAAGUAA